GCAGACCCCCUUCUCCCACCUCCAGAUGAGACGGGUGGUCUGCCCCCGGGAUGCUCUGUGAUCCGCACCCACUGCCGGGACCCCGCAUCUCUGCCCAUGCAGCACGUCGUGCUGGCCAACCGGGGUGACCCAAAGGAGCAGGACACAGAGGAGCCAAAGAAAAGGAAAGGGGGCUGGCCCAAAGGCAGGAAAAGGAAACCACCGAGGGAUAUUUCUGUUCCCUGUGCUCCUAUGACAGGGUACAGGAUCUUCCUAAACGAGCAGAGGAGCCAGCUGAGGGCCAGGCACCCAGAUCUGCCAUUUACGGAAAUCACGAAGAUGUUGGCGGCUCAGUGGGCUCAGCUGUCUCAAGAGAAAAAGCAAAGGUACGUUUAUGAGGCGGAUAAGGACAAGCAACGCUACAUUCGUGAGCUGUGGGCCUACCAGAGCUCCCAGGCGUGCCGAGCCUUCUUGCAGAGGCAAGCAGCGCACGAGGCACGCACACUGUUGGCAGGAGCCUGGGGUCACUUCUUAGCUUCGGGAAGCACUUCCGACCCUCAAGGUGACCACUCCUCCUUCAGAUGCUUUCUGAUGCCACCUGUCUUCCAGCAGGACCAGGCACACCAGGAAACAGAUUGGACAGGGAGGGCCUUCCGUUCUCAGCACUUGAUGGGGAUGAAGGCAACGACCUGGUACUGUAGGGCCUGCAAACAGUUCUUCAGCUCCUUGCAUAACAAGAAGGAGCACCUGCUGGGAAAGCAGCACCUGCAGAACCUCACAGAUGGGACCUAAGCCCCUACUCGGCACCAUGCUUGCUGUGUGGCCUGGGGCCAGUUACUUAACCUCUCUGUGCUUCCACUGCCUCAUCUGUGAAGGAAGGAUGAGAUUGCCCACCCCUCAGGGCUCUUCUGAGGACCGACAUCGGUGCCUUGUGUGAGCCUGGCACGGCCGAGAUGCUACCUCCUCCGACGGCUUCCCUGAUCCCGGACUUGG